GGGGAAGAAGAAGCUACAGGGAUGGCGAUGGAGCGAGAAUGAAAGAGCUGACUGUGUUUGGGGGAAGAAGAAGAAGAAGAAGAAGAAGUGAAUUCUCCAGAGCGAAUUUCAAAGGCAUCAAGUCUGAGAAACUUGCAAAAACCCCCGAGCAAGAAGCAGUGGAAAAGUUGCCGGAGCAAAGCCUUUCCAAGAUGAGGAAUAUUUGCGCAAUGACACGCACGCAUAGGAGGAAGUUUUUGGGAAUAUCUUCGUGAAAGUUUCUCCUCUUUUUUUUUGCGCAUCAAGGACAUUAAAAGUCGCCGUGUCCGAGGCAGGGGAGAUAAGAUUGUAUCAGCGUCCCUGUAUCCUGCCGGAGGGCGAUGGGGGCCGCGCCGGGCUCGGGCUGGGAGGAGGGCGAGUUCGAGUUCAAGCUGGUGUUUGAGGAGGAUCCGCCGCCGCGCCAGAGCCAGGGGCCGUCCCCGGUGCGCACAACCGAGCCGGAGAGCUCCGUGGCCAGGGAGGAAAGCGAGGGCGCCCUGCUGCACCUGGAUUCCAGCAGCCUGGUUACAGACAACCACCUGGCUGCCACUCAUGCAGGACACUCCAUCAGCAUCCCGAGCCCGCCUCCUUCGUCCAAUCAGAGGGCAGGGAUGCAUUCCCCGCCUCCUCGAAGGGCUCCAAUCAGAGAGUUUAGUGGAACCUACGAGAGUCUGCCGGCGCGCUCCGUACAGGUUUCAGAGUCUCGCGUGGUCGAGUGUCCCAGCAUCCAGAUCACCACCAUCUCGCCUGAGGACGAGUCGGCGCCCACCAUCUCUAGCUACUGGGACAUGAGCAGCAGCGGCGGGUGGGACAGGGAGCGCCUCUACCUCCCCCUGCUGGACCCCUUUUCUUACCGGGACAGAUGCCCCGGCUCGCUCAGCCCCAGCCCCGCCUCCAGCCCCUCCUCCCGGGGUUGGCUCAGCCCCGCCUCCAGCUGCGACUCCCUGCUGGUUGAGGAGGAGGAGCUCAACGAGGCCGCCAUCAAUUUCGGGCUUUCGCCAUCGUCCAGGCCGACUUCCCCCGGUGGUAAGAAGCGUAGAAACUCCCCGCUGGCCUCUCCUUGUACUUCGCGGAGAGGCAGCUACUCGGAGGAGCUGCAGGGCUGCAACCUGGAGGGAGGAGAGUCCAGCCCUCAGUCCCAAGCUCCGCCCAGCAGCUGUGAGCUCAGCAUCCCGCAGAAAACCAGGAAGACGUCAUUAGAGCAGUUGUCUCCCAGGGAGGUGGAUCAGGAGCAGGCUCCAGGCCAGCUGCCAGAGACCCAGCAACCCAGGAGGGAGCCCCCCUCGCUGGGCAUGGACUACCUCUCUGUGCCCCCUGCUCUGGCCUGGGGAAGAACCAGAGCCAGCGCCCACAGCCCUCUGUUCAGGUCCAACGCGCUGCCGCCGCUCGACUGGCCGCUGCCGUCCCAGUUUGACCAGUAUGAGCUGCGUAUCGAGGUGCAGCCCCGUCCACACCACAGAGCCCACUACGAGACGGAGGGCAGCAGGGGAGCCGUGAAAGCUGCACCGACCGGACAUCCUGUAGUCAAGCUGUGUGGAUACACCGAGAGGAAGCCGCUGUCGCUUCAGGUUUUCGUUGGAACGGCUGACGACCGAUCGAUCAGACCGCAUCCCUUCUAUCAGAUACACAGGGUGACGGGGAAGAUGGUCGGCACGGCCAGCCACGAGAGCGUCCAGGCGGGAACCAAACUGCUCGACAUCCCCCUGAACCCUGAGAACAACAUGACGGCCCUCAUCGACUGUGCCGGGAUUCUGAAACUGAGGAACUCGGACAUCGAGCUGAGGAAGGGAGAAACGGACGUCGGGAGGAAAAACACUCGUGUCCGUCUGGUGUUUCGGACUCACCUCCCUCUGGCGCCCCCUGUAGGUCCUCCUGGACGGGUCUUGGCCCUGCAGGUCGCCUCUCUGCCCAUCGAAUGCUCCCAGCGUUCGGCUCAGGAGCUGCCCGUCAUCGAGUCCGUCAGUCUCACGUCCUGCUCUGUAGAAGGAGGCGAGGAGCUUCUGCUGAGCGGCACCAACUUUUUACCGAUCUCCAGAGUUCUUUUCAUGGAGAGAGGGACAG